GCUUCUGAUAGCUCAUCAAGCGGCCAGGAAAUAGGAUCUUCAACUCAAGUAAUGAUCCCAAUGUCCAACGAACCAGGAACAAAGAUAGCAGAGCCUAGAAGAGCUUCCUAUGAUGCACCAACUGCUCCCGAGCCUUGCCCCGCGAUCAAGAAUGCAGACAUUGAGAUGACAGAUGAAUGGUCCCAUCACGACUCAUGUAGGAAGCAAAAGAAUCGCACACCGUCUGAUUCAUCUCAAGGCGAUGCGUACAAUGCAACGCCAGUUUUGGUCAAAUUUGAGAAAGUUGAUAUCAAGACCGAGGUCGAGUCUCAGAUCAAAGCUGAGUUCGAGCCUGAAGCUGGUAGUCCCAAGAUCUCCGACAUUACUGAGCCAGCCCAGAAGCAGAACGAAAACGAAGGGGGAGCAAAAACAGCAAAGCAGCCUCGCAGAACCCCAGCAAAGACUGCAUUCGAGUAUCACAAACGCAAACAAGAGGAUUCAAUUGGCGGCAUUCGGAAGGUCAGAAAAACCGUUCGAAAUGUGGAUCCUGAAAAAUUGCUUCAUAGCAUAUCCCAUCAAGACCCAGUCACUGCCUAUAAUGCAGGUCCAAGCAACGGAGCAGCGCCCGCAAUGGCCGUCUCAACGAAGAAGGCCUUUUUUCAGGAAAUUCUUUCCAGUUGUAAGGACAAAGACGCUUUUCAAAAGUUUAAGACCGACUUGAACAUUUUAGACGAAGAGAGCAGAAGUUUCGGCUUCAAACGAAUGCAAAUGAAAAAUGGCAUGUGGCAAUUGAAAGGGAUGAAGUCGCCUGUCUAUCACUACCAGAUGAGCGGCGCUGCUUGGAUGGUAAAAUGCGAAUGUUCUUCAGAAGGCCCUUUGGGGGGGAUUCUUGCUGAUGCAAUGGGUCUUGGAAAGACCGUUACAAGCAUUACGACCAUGAUGGCAAACCCUCCGCCACCAGAUCUCAAGAAAAAGUUCCAGAGAACCACUCUCAUCAUUGUUCCCCGAAGCGUGCUUCAUCAAUGGAAGGCCGAGCUAGAGACGCACGGCAAAUUCAAAAAAGUUCUCAUCUACAACAACUCAGAUACAGACAACAACAUGCCUCGUAGAAUAGUCUAUAAUGAGGUCGUGUUGACGACAUACAAUGUGAUCCGCAUGAACUUCCCUAAUUUGGACAACGAGACCAUGGAACGACUAUGCAACCGGGCGGCUGAGGAAGAGAGGAGUUUGACCGAAGUCAUCCAAGAUUGGGUUACGGAGAAAAAGAAAGACGCUGGAUGUUUACAUAAUAUUCAUUGGUAUCGAAUCAUUCUUGAUGAAGCCCAUUUCAUUAAAAACCCUUCAGCCAAGACGACUCUCGCAGUGCUGGCGCUGAAAAGCCAUUAUAGAUGGGCUCUAAGCGGAACACCAGCACAAAACGGCCCUGAAGAUUAUUAUCCCUUAUUCUGCUUCAUCCGAGACCCCGAGAUAUCGAAGUUAACUUUCUCAGAUUAUCGAGCUGAGUUCUGUGGCCCCGAACAAACGGAAAAACUAGGAUUGGCUAUUUCGAAAGUCACAAUCUGUCGCACAUUAGAGGAUUCGCUCUUUGGAAAGAAAUUGGUGAAUCUUCCUCCUCCCCACACAGAACCCGUAACAGCAAAGACUUCAGAUGCAGAACGCCUUCUCUAUACAGAAAUUUCAGCGCGCCUGGUAGAGCUUGGCAAAGGGAAAUUGGAUGAUGAUAAUCCGCAGAAAGAAUUGUCAAACAGACUUGCACAAAUUACGUGCUUGAGACAAUUGACCGCACAUCCCGAUCUCAUCGAAAAGGAUAUUCUGCUUAUGUUCGAUCUCAAACAUCUUCAAGAUCUGCAGGACAAAUUGAGCAAGGUAGAGCGCACAGGAAAGUCUCGAGUUCUUUUAGACAUGAUGCAAGAUCGAGUUAAGAAUUGGGUGGCUCGAAAGAAAGCAAGUAAAGGCCGAAGACGACCUGUACAGAGGAGAAAGUACUGCAUUCAAUGCAAACAUUCUGAGACCGAAGACCUUUGGAUUAUUUCCAUAUGUAGACACCUCAUUUGCACAGAUUGCUUGGACAAUCUCGAAGAGACAGUCGAGGACGAUGAAGUGGCUAAGUCUUGUCCUCGAUGCCAAUCGACUUUCUACACCCACAAUGUCAAAGAAUGCCAAGCUCAUAGCAUGAAAAAAUCCAAACGUUCAACUUCGGGCAAUAAAGGACGAGACGCUUUAAAAUUCAGACCAUCGCCUGCGGGUGCGACAGACUGGCUGAAACGACUCGACACUAAAAAAAGUCGUCUUCAACUCCUCCCAACUACCAAACUGACCGAAAUCAUUGACAGGAUUCUUAGUUGGAAAGAGGAGUACCCCAGAGACAAAUGUACCAUCUUCACACAGUGGAACCAUUUCGCUGUCAUCCUUGGCGUGUUGCUUCAGAAAGAGAAGAUAAAAUUUGUCUACAUCACUGGAAGUAUGACCUCGCAGCAGAGAACUCGAGCGGUUCAAGAAUUUCAUGGAAAUAAACAAGUUCAUGUAAUGAUCAUGGGCUUGAAGGCUGGAGGCCUUGGUUUGAAUCUAACCUGCGCAAACAGAGGAAUUCUUGUGGACCGGUGGUGGAACGAAGCCGUAGAAAACCAGGCGCAUGGACGGAUCUAUCGAAUUGGCCAAAAGAAGCCGACAACGUUCGUGACAAUUGUUGUUGAAGAUACGGUAGAUGACGAUGUGGUCGAUGUGCAAAGAGAGAAGCAAGAAGGUAUCAAUUCGGUCAUGGAAAUCCUCAGUAAGGAGCAGGAGGCUCGCCUUGAUCGACAUGGAGUGACGAACACGGAAGAAGACGGCGUGAGUAAUAGUUCAGAAAGUGGCGAUGAUGAAUCCAUGGAAAACCUUCAAGACGAAUAUGAUGACGAAAAUGAAGAUGAUGACGAAGUCAUGGAUGAAACGGAUGAGGAUGAGAUUACCGAGGAGGAUGAAUCUGAUGGAGACAUCGAAAGUGACGAGGACGAUGGAUCUUGAACAUUGAAGCACGGGGUGAUGGCAUUUGAGUCUGAAACUUUUGCUAUUUUAGAGAGAGGAUCUCGGAAUGACUCUUAACCGUCCAGAACAUUUCUUUUAUACUUCUAUUUCGACCAAAAGAAGAUAACUAAAACGAUCAAGACAGAGGAUUUCAGCAUUAGCCAUGUCAACCAAUCCCAAAUGCUUGGAAAUCCGAUACUCCAGAUCAUAUGGCAUUUACAGGGAACACAUGCAAGCCUUCAAUAAGGCUGCUAUUUGGUGGAUUUCACAUUCAUCGAAAUUGGGUCUUGAUGGGAUAUUCAACAUAUCCAUUUCAUAUCUCGAGGGGUUUCCGAGAUCUAUGUACAUUAAAGGGCAUGGGCAAUCUGGGGGGGUUACAGGCGAAAAUAACAAACAUAUUUACAAAUGAG